UUAGUCGCUGAAUGAGUCGCAUCCCAGCGUGCAACAAGCUGCAACUCUAUGUCAGGGCUAAUGAGUCCUCAAGGUCACGGAAAAAUGAAAAGUACGAUAAAUAUCAUCAUAUCAAAAAUUACAAGUUGAAAAUUUGUGAAAGUCAUUGGGCGCGCUUCCCUGUUGUUCGAGAAAGCAUAUCGAUAUAAACUUUUACUACUGACGAGGUCACACUAUCUUGGACUAACAUAAGAGUUAAAAUAACAUUCAUUCGCUAUCAACGCCCGUCCGGGAGCUUACUCAAUAUGUACACCACAAAGAUGUCGAGGACAAUUAGAAUAUUCGUCGCGUUAGUUUGCAUUCUGACUGUUUCACUGUGUCUUUACUUUGUGAUAACAUUUGAAUUGGAUGAUGUCGAUGAUGCAGAUAUUGGGAAACCUCACGUUAUUACCAUUAUUGCUGAUGAUAUGGGCUGGAAUGAUGUCAGUUAUCACGGUUCCAAUGAGAUCCCAACGCCGAAUAUCGAUGCCCUGGCUUACAACGGGGUGAUUCUACACAGUCACUACGUUCUGCCGAUCUGCACACCUUCCAGGACCGCUUUUUUCACAGGGCGUUACCCCAUCAGAGCAGGUAUGCAAGGCUUUCCCUUGCGGGCAGGGGAGCCCCGUGGUAUUCCAUUGGGCACAAAAUUACUUCCCGAGUAUCUGAGAAACCUUGGCUACUCCACGAGACUCGUCGGUAAGUGGCACCUAGGCUAUCAGAGUGAUGACUUCACACCGGCGAGACGAGGAUUCGACACGUUUUUUGGAUACUACAGCGGUUACAUCACAUACUACAAUCACACAAUAACACAGAGCGGGCAGACUGGCUACGAUAUACACCGUGAUAAUCAAACGGAACUCAAACCAGAUUGGACUGGCCAGAGUGAAUAUGUUACCGAUGUUUUCACGGAUGAAGCUGUGAGAAUUAUUGAAGAGCACGAUGGCCGGCGUCCGCUGUAUCUGCAGUUCUCUCACCUCGCCCCGCACGCCAGUGAUGCCACCGAAACACUGGAGACGAGGAAUUUCACUGCGGUUAAUGAAACUUUUCAUUACAUACAAGAUAUUAAACGCCGUAAAUACGCAGGUAUGAUGACUGCACUGGACGAGUCCGUUGGACGCGUCAUGAAAGCCCUCAGCAGUAAAAAUUUAUUGAAAAACUCGAUCGUCAUCUUCCUCGCUGACAACGGCGCCCCGACAUUCGGCCUCCAUGAAAAUAGAGGAUCCAAUUAUCCUCUCCGUGGGCAAAAGUUGUCGUUCUAUGAGGGGGCGGUGCGUGGUGCGGCGUGUGUGUACUCACCACUCGUAAGGAAUCCGGGGAGAAUUGUUAACGACCUUGUUCAUAUGACCGAUUGGCUGCCAACGCUGUACAAUGCAGCUGGCGGUAAUGUCAACGACCUCGGUAUCAUUGAUGGUGUCAAUCAGUGGCCUACAAUUAAACGAGGACAAUCUGGUAAUAGAAAAUCAUUGCUCGUCAAUAUCGAUGAGACUGUCGAUCGAGAAGCGGCUAUCCUUGGGGGAUACAAACUUCUCAAGAAAGGUGCGAUGCCGUUAUACGACGGCCACUCGGGUAACAAUGUUGACGACGGAGACCCCUCAGCCCCUCCUUACGACUUGGAAAAAGUCAUGUCUUCCCCGAGCAGCCGAGCCAUUUUCAGGACGACGGGGAUCCUCACAAAGUCCCGGAAAAUGCUCGAUCUUCGGGCGAAAAGUAAAAUCGUCUGCAAGCCUUUCACCGAAAUCGCCAACUGCUCCGAAACGUGUUUAUUCAAUCUCAGCAGUGACCCCUGCGAGACAACCGACAUAUCCAGCGAUCAUCCUGACUUGGUAGAAUUGCUGGAGGAUAUCAUAGAGGGCUAUCGAAGCGUCCUUAUAAAUCAGACAAAUACAGCCGUUGACACGAGAUCAUUUCCAAUGUAUCACAAUGGCACCUGGAUGCCUUGGCUGCCAGCGCAUCAGGCAACUCAGCGUAAAUUUGAUGAUACCUUCAGUAAAAUAAAUGAGAGAUUUUUCCAUUACUAAAACCCUCAGUAUUGAAAUAAAAAUUGAUGAAUCAUGUAUAAGUGAAAA